ACCAUCCUUAAAAGAGCAGACUAUAGUACGAGUCUCUUUAGAACAGGUUGAGAGAGGGAGAGAUAUGCAGCUGGUAUGAGUGUGUGUGCGCACAUGUGAGUGUGUGUGGCAAUGGGUAAUGUCGCUUUGGAGACUCAGCGCACUAUCCAGACAGCAGCCAUGCUCGGCAGAAGAGUGGCAGGAUAGAAACUUUUCCUCUCUAAAGGUGUUACUAAGGCCAGUUGUUUGUGUUCACCAAUUCAGGACCCACUGAAAGAGGAGCUGCAUUCUGUUGAGUCCGACUUUAUACCAUGGUUGUUCCAAAGUCACCAGAUAAGAAAUGCAACCAGAACAGCGGUUUCGGAACACACAUCAGUGAAAACCCAUCCCUCUCCCAGCUUCCUGGAAGUCUAAAACAUUUGAACUCUAAUGGAAGUAUAUCACCAGCUGACACCAGUCUCCAGCGCGAGCCUCAGGAAUACACUGAGACGGACUCUCUGCUGCCAAAUGAGCUCCAUAGUGGGUCCAGGUUCAGCGCAUCCACGAGAACUAAGGAUGAUGAGGUCUCAGGGGCGGCUUCAGAAUCCAUGCGCUCAAUGGUGCUACAAAUCCUGGUGCCAUUUCUGCUGGCUGGGCUUGGCACAGUUUCAGCUGGAAUACUACUCGACGUGGUUCAGAGCUGGGAUGUGUUCCAAGAAAUCACAGAGAUCCUCAUUCUGGUCCCUGCUGUUUUAGGCAUGAAGGGAAACCUUGAAAUGACGCUGGCUUCAAGACUCUCCACUGCUGUGAAUGCAGGCAGAAUGGACAAUUCCAGGGAAAAGUGGAUGCUGAUCGUUGGUAAUCUGGCUCUUAAACAACUGCAAGCCACAGUGCUGGGCCUGUUAGCUUCUCUGAUGGCAACUCUGCUGGGCUGGAUGGCAGAGGGACAGAUGCCUUUUGAUCACAUUGUGCUCCUGUGUUCAACCAGUGUUUCUACAGCUUUCAUGGCCUCGUUGCUGCAAGGCAUCCUUAUGGUGGGAGUAAUCAUUGGCUCCAAACGGUUGGGGAUCAACCCUGACAAUGUGGCCACGCCCAUGGCAGCCAGCUUUGGAGAUCUCAUCACUCUGGCUUUGUUGGCAUGCUUCAGUCAAUGGUUCUACUCCAUCACCAAACUUUAUCCCUUCGUGUUGUACCUGGUCAACCUUGCAUAUUUAUGCCUGAUACCUGUCUGGGUGGUUGUAUCCUCCAAACACCCAGCCAGUCAUAUCCUGCUCCGUACAGGCUGGGAACCAAUCAUUACAGCGAUGGUCAUUAGCAGUAUUGGAGGACUUAUUCUGGACAAGACUAUGUCAGAUCCAAACUUGACUGGGAUAAUAGUUUUUGCACCAGUUAUAAAUGGUGUUGGAGGAAACCUGGUCUCCAUACAGUGUAGUCGCAUUUCCACAAAUCUGCAUUUGAAUUAUUCACAUGGAGAGGUUCCCGAGGGUCGUAAGGGCUGCUUCAACCCCUGUCACACUUUCUUCGGUUCAGGAUCAAACCACAGAUCUGCUCAGGUUCUACUCCUUUUGGUUCUUCCUGGUCAGUUGAUCUUCUUGCACACCAUUUACUUGAUGAAAGGAGGCCUCACUUUGCCCAGUCCACUCUUCACUGUCUUCUUCUUGUCUGCCUCCCUACUCCAGGUCUUUUUCCUGCUGUAUGUAGCUGACUGCUUGGUCCACUGUCUGUGGAGGAGGGGCAAAGACCCAGACAGUUACUCAAUCCCCUACCUCACAGCCCUCGGAGACCUUCUGGGGAUCGCUUUCCUCUCUCUUGCCUUUCUUGUUCUGUGGUGCAUUGGAGACUCGGGCAGUGUGUAGACCGAAAAGAAGUCGAACUAAACAACAGAUUGUUAUGUUGAUGAAAAGGAUAGCCGGUAAGAGAGAGUAAGUUCCUCUCCUUACCUCCUUACCUGCCCCGUACAAUAGGAAGACAGGACCCAACCGAAUGUUUUUGGCCAGUUACUUCUGACAUGAAACAGGCCAGCUCCCAAAUCAUGCAGAUAACAUUGGAAUGUGAUAAGAAAGUGUGUGUGUGGAUGUUGACCUUGAAGACGUGUAUCUACUGCAACAGAGAGAAAAGGAGGAUGUGUGGGCACACCUAAAGUUUAACACAAGAGUAUAGUUCUAAAAGGAAUAAGACAAUCAGUAAUUUACAUGGAUUAUGUUAUAGCAUACAAUGCCAAAGUGAGUAAUUAUAGCCCAAUU